CAAGCUUUUCAUCAACUUCUUCUCAGUUAUAAGGCAAACAUGCAAAGUAUGAAGAACUAGAACUAAAACAUUGUAGCAUUUGAAUUCCUUAGAGUUACUAUCUACACUACAUCUUGAGCUAACAUACAAGUGCGGGCAUUUUGUUUUUCAUGCAUCCACUUUCCAAACCGGCUUCGAAGGUUCAUGGAGGGGCAUCCUGACAUGAUUAGCCCAUGUGUUAGUAAUGCUCAAAACACUGACUUUCCAUUGGAUCCCUUCAAGACAGUAAGAGAACUAGCAUUUUUACAAGUUCAGCUAUCAAGUGAGGAGACACUGGAUGACACCAAACCUGAUUUUGAAGGAAAUGAACGCUAUAAACCUAUUGUGGGCUCAGAUCAAAGUUUAUUUAUUCUGGAGGAAGAUGACCAAGUUCUCGAAAUUUCCAAAUUAAGAUUAAAUUCUGAAAAAUCAGAUAUUUUAAUCCUCAAUAAACAAAUUAAUGGGUAUCAAAAUGGUCAUACCAAUGUCAAGCCAUCAAGUAGAGUCAGGUGCUACACAGGUACCAUUGAUCAUCUAUACUGCAUGUCGCAUGGUUCUAAAUAUUGCUGCAGAGCCCCAGAGCCCAAGUUAGUUGACCAUCGGACUAUAGAUGAGGACUUUUUUGAUGAUUGUCUCAACUAUUUGGAAUGCUCUGAGAUCAUGAGGGAUUAUGUGAAUGGAAUGUGGCAGCAUGUUCUUCUAGGCAAUGAGCCGGUCUUUUUACUGGAAAGUGACCAGGAUGAUGAGACAAAAGUAAGCCCAGAUUGCCUAAAUGAGUGUGAUAGACCUCUGAGUGGUGUGACCAGUGUGAAUGAAGGAUCAAAUAACACUUUGUCUGUGGAUGCCUUAACUAGCCUCUGUGUCAGUCACUCACAGCCACUAGAUGUAAAAAGAGAGUUCCCCGGAGACAAUCUAAAAGCAUUGCAACCAGAGAUGGUGAUUACCGUUGGGCACCAAGAGGACAAUACUUCUAGUUUGAAAAGAAAAGAGCGAUGUAAACUUCCUCUAUCGGCUAUCCAGGAUGAACGAGCUGGAAUUGAUGAAGAAAGUAUGGAAAAUAGUCUCAGAGGAGAUGUUUCAGCAUGUAUUAAACCGAGAACCAGCAACCCUUACAUGGAACUGUAUCUGGUUAAUGUAUUAGACCAUUCAGUCGAAGGUCUCAUCGCCAUGACAGAGAAUUCAACGGGGGAUCCUCUAAUAGAUGACUUUUCCAAAGAAAGAGGGACAUUGUACCAGAUUGAUACAAAAGGUCCAGGUAUUUUAGAACAUACAGAACAAUGGGAUGCUGAUAAACCUAACAUAACCUCUGAUGAUGACUUUCUUCAAGAUGAAGACUUGACCCAGGAGGAACCAUCAAGUGGGCAAGUGGAAAGUUCUCUCAUUGUUAUAGAAGACAUGGAUACAGAAGGUCCAAUGAAUAACAAAGAGGAACAUACUCAUUUAAUACAUUUUUUGAAAGAAAACAUCCGACCUCCUGAAAGUUGUGUCCAUCUAGCUAAAAAAAGCCCAAAGACCGAGGUAAAUGAAGAAACUCAGCAAUUAGAAGAGACCAAAAUUUGCCUUUCAGAAUCUGAAGAUGUCAUCAAGUAUACUAGUGAUAUCAGUGAAGGCAAUGAGGCAACCAAAGCGCUUGUAUCUUCUGAAUACUGUCCAGAAAAUGGAAAUGUCGGUUAUAGGUCCCAAACUGUGAAUGGUGGACUUGAAACAACAGACACCAUUUUAGAGAUUAAGGAUAGUGAACAUGCAGUUAUAGAUAAGGGAUCACAAAUGGUGCAAAAUGAGUUUCAAACUUUUGACGAUGAUGCACAAAUUCCAGAAAAUAAAUUACAACUUGAGGAAAAUUCCUCAGAAAUUUUAAAAAACAGAUCACAUUGUGAGUCAAAAAUUGUGGAAAAUGAGUCACAAAUUGUGGACAGUGGACCACAAAUAAUAGAUAAUGCAUCACAACUUGAACUCAAUAGAUCCAAAGUUGAUUGUGGAUCACAGAGUGGAGAUGAGGCUUCCCAAAUUUUGGAUAUUGUUUCAGAAACUGUGAUUAUUGGAGCGCAAAUUGUGAAUUGUGCAUCACUCUUUGAGGAUGUUGGGUCCCCAGCUGUUAUUUUUGGUGCGCAUAUUAUCGAUGAUGGAUCACCAGAGGAGGAUGUCACAUUAGAAAUUAUGGACAUUGGACUACAAACUGUGGUUCUUGAAUCUCCAUUUUUAGAGAACUGUAAUUUUUGUAAGAAAAAAGAUGAUUCCACUGACAAUCCACAAGAAAGUGAAAUCCUUCAAAUUAUCGGCAGCCCUCAUUUAGUUGAUCCCACCAGAAAUUCGAUGAUAGGUCACCCUUUAACAGGAGAAAAUGAAUUGGACUUGGAUAAAAUGUUUGUCUUAAAUGAUCCCACAACGCACAGGAGUCCUAAAGAACAAUUCAAUGAUUUGAUUCUCAAAAAUAAUACAACUGUAGAAGACAUCAAAGGAGCUUCUGGAAUUACGGGAGAUCAAAACGUGUUGGGUCACAAAGUCAAGGAUGAAAUUAAUAUCAUAAAGGAAGCCAACCAGCAGUCUUCUGUCCAUAACUUCAUUAAAGGGGAUUGUGAAAUGAGUAAUCAUAUUUCUAAGGAAAAUUUCCAAGGAGAUGUUGUCAAAAGACCCUUGGGUGGUUGUGUUCAAAAGGCUAAAAGCCUCGUGAAGACCAUGGCUGGCAAGGACAAUAAUAAAACUGAAAUGAAAAAAGUACAUUCGCUGCAUGUCAAGGAUUACAUUCCAAAUUCUAAUGAGCUGUCACAAGUGCACAGAGACCCUCAUACAAUUAGAGCAGGAGGAGGAGCAGGUGGAGGAGGUGUUGGUGGUGGGUCUGGUCAAGCUCACACGAGCACCCUUGACCAGACUAAUAGAGGAGUCAGCUGCUCGACACAUUUAAUGGGCUCUACAAACCUGCUGGAAAAGAGCACAGAGAACAAAAUGGUAAAGAAAAAAUUUAAAUCCAGUGGGAAAGAACCAAUCAAGGACUCGAAUAAGGAAGCGGAGACAUUGGAUGUCAAUGAGGUCUUCAACCCUGAUGAGGAGAAGAGGCUCAAAAGGGUAAAUAGCAUUGAGGGAACAGUGGCCAAAGACAUCAAAAAAGCUCCCCAGCUGUUGCAUGGCGUUCAGGCCGAGCUCUUUCAUGAUCGUUCCGGAAACUUGAAAUUAUUCUGUCGUUUUGCGGAAAUUCACGCCGAUUCCAGCAUCACAUGGAUGAAGGACGCCAAGUUACUGGCGAGGCUGCACAGGAGCUCUAAAGACGAUUCUCCGGUAUCUCUCGCCAUAGUGCAGGUCAGUAAGAAAGACCAAGGACUAUAUAACUGCACCCUGAAGAACGCCCAUGGGAAAGUGUCCACCGAGUUCCACCUGACGGCUGAAGUGUUGGACCGUCUGGCACACAGUGAAGACGUAGAAGGUGGGGAAGAGAUUGAGUUCAACCAGCUCUUCUUCCGGGAGGAUUUCAUCACUGACAUGUACUUCGGAGGAAAUCUUCAUGGACGGAUCGCUACAGAGGACCUGUACUUUGGAGAAGGAGUCCACCGAAAAGCCUUUCGGAGCAAAGUCAUGUGUGGACUGUUCCCAGUCUUUAACCCUGGACACCUGUGUGUACUCAAAGUGCACAACUCCAUAGCAUACGGGGCGAAAAAUUCUGAUGAGCUGUUGCAAAGAAACUACAAGCUUGCCGUGCAGGAAUGUUAUGUACAAAAUACUGCUCGAGAAUAUGCCAAGAUUUAUGCAGCCGAAGCGGAACAGCUGGAGGAGUUUGGGAACGUUCCAGAAAUAAUCCCUAUUUUCCUCAUCCAUCGCCCCGCAAACAACAUCCCAUACGCCACGGUGGAGGAGGAGCUGAUAGGAGACUUUGUGAAGUAUUCCAUCAAAGACGGGAAGGAGAUUAAUGUGUUGAGAAAAGAUUCUGAAGCUGGCCAGAAGUGCUGCACCUUUCAGCACUGGGUAUAUGAGAGGACCAACGGAAACUUGCUGGUCACCGAUAUGCAAGGUGUUGGAAUGAAGCUGACAGAUGUUGGCAUAGCAACUAUGGGCAAGGGAUACAAAGGUUUUAAGGGGAACUGUUCAGUGUCGUUCAUCGAUCAGUUUAAGGCCUUGCACCAGUGCAACAAGUACUGCGAAAUCCUCAGUUUACAAUCCUUAAGACCGAAUCCUUCAAAGCAGAAGAAACCGAAUCCCGUCAAAGAGAAACCCCAGCCCAACCCCACCAGUUCUCGAAAAAGUCGCCAAAGCACAAAGGCAAAGAAGACAUAGCGCUGCGUCUCCUGGACGUUGCUGUCCACUGAACUGUCCUGGACCGCGUGACUUUCCAUUUCCUGCAGAAGAAGUGGAGAGGACACUUAUAAAUCACAUACAGUAACUGCAUGGAUGUAGUGCUGUCUGCAUACGUGUUAUGCACUGAUCUAUGUCAUAGGUAGAAUAAGAUGGAAUUAUCAACGUCCGUCCUAAAGGACAUCGCUGCAUUAGGCUAUGAUGAUUGUAUGGGAAGUCGACUGUAUGAUACUGAUGUGUGGCUCUUGUGAUUGCCGCGGGGGGCUGAAAAUUCCAUAUUAUCUUCAUGUUAACAUUUAUUUUAUGGUGUUUAUUGUGAAAAACUAUAGAUAAAAAUUGUUAAUAGCAAUGGUAGAGCUCCCAUAUCUGUUACUGCAGUGUUAGAGCCCUCGUAUACUGUACCUGUUACUGCAGGGAUAGAGCUCUCAUACCUUAUGCUGCAGUGAUAGAGCUCCCUCAUACCUUGUGCUGCAGUGAUAGAGCUCCCUCAUACCUUAUGCUGCAGUGAUAGAGCUCCCUCAUACCUUGUGCUGCAGUGAUAGAGCUCCCUCAUACCAUAUAUUGCAGUGAUAAAGCUCCCUCAUAC